CUCGCAUCCUGGUAUAAAAGCGAGCUAAAGCUUUAUAUAAUGAGACAGUUUGAAGAGCGAGGUGGAUUGAGGUUGUGCGGCAAACGAGAACACAGAAUGAUGCAUGCUCUGCUUGUGAGCUGCCUGCUGGCUACAGCGGCCCUCGUCAACGGCGCUGGGCUCCACCCAGAAACUGAAGGAUAUCACCACACCGUUUCCCACUAUGGUGGUGGUGGAUCUACCCAGACCCAUGUCCGCCAUAACCUCAACGUCUACCCCAGUGACGAUGGCCGCGGUGCUUACGUUCACCAGGAGCCUGGCCGCUUCGGAUUCGGUUCCACAGGCUUCGCUGCCGUGAACGCGCACGCUCCGUCCGUUGCUCAGGUUCUCGCUCACGGAGGCUAUGGAGUUGGACUCGGUGGAGUCGCUGCUCACGGUGUUGGAGGUGUAGUCUCUCACGGCGUUGGAGGUGUCGUCUCUCACGGUGUCGGAGGCGUCGUUGCCCACACUCCUGCAGCUGCUGUUGUUGGUGGUCAUGGCCUCUACGGCGCUGGUCUGUACGGCGGUGCCCUCUACGGCGGUGGUCUUUACGGCGGUGGUCUUUACGGCGGUGGUCUUUACGGUGGAGCCCUGUACGGCCACGGUCUUUCUAGCGGAGCCCUCUACGGUACAGGCCUUACCGGCGGCCUCUACGGCACCGGCCUCUACCGCACCAGUCUCUCCGGCGGAGCCCUCUACGGUCGUGGUCUUUACAGUGGUCUUUACGGAGCUGGCUACGGCGGUCUGUACGGUGGUGGCUAUGGCCUCUACGGUGCUGGAUAUGGUGGCGUUUACGGUGCUGGCUACGGAACCGGUCUUUACGGUUCCGGUCUCUACGGUUCUGCUUCUCUCUACGGUCGCCCGUACUCCAGGUCCUACCAGGUGAGGAACACCCACUCCCUGAGGCAGUACGCCGGUCUCGACGGUGACUACCUUGCCCACCAUCCUGAGGUGCACCACUUUGGGCACGAGACUGCUCAUCCAUGAGGAGUGCACCUGACAGAGAAAUCUGGCCGAGUCGUCGUUAUGAUGUCUACACCUUCGUUUGGAGGAGUUAAAUAAGUGGACUUGCCAGAGAACAAAAGCGUGAAAUAUAUUUAUUGUUCGUGUGUUUUAGCAAAGCUUGUUCGCGUAUGAAAGGGAAGAAUCAAAAUAAAAAUGUAAAAUAUAGAAACAACUCGUGUUACUUGAAAUGUGAAGAGAGUGCCAUAUGUGUAUCUACAAUUGUGCCGUACUACGAAUGCCUCUGCUGUUAUGAGAGAGUGGGUUCAUUGAGCAUUGACUGUGGUCAGAAAUGAAACAGUGGAAAGUGUAUUGCCGCGACAACUUGGAAGGAAUGCUGUAAGUUUCGUUGAACUUAUUAAAGACUGAUCGACAAAA